AUGGCGCCGCCGCCUUCCCAGAUUCCAUGUGAAGUCUGGACCCACGUUUUUGGGUAUCUGUCAGUGGAAGACAAGUUCAACGUCCGUGCAUGCUGCAAACGUUUCAAGAAACUUGUCGACCACUGGUCUCUUUGGAGAGGCUGGACGGUAGUUUUGAGUUUUAAAAACGGGGCUUACAACGGCCGGUUUUGGACCACUCUCCGUCGCAGAAAAGUCUCCGGUGUGGUGAUGAAGAGCGCCAAAGCCAAAGACUGGAGCCAUCUGGCCCAGAACCUCCCAGCCCUCACCGCUCUCACCGCGGAGCGGGGCUCCCCGGGGCCCCUAAAGGACUUCUUAAAGGACUUCCCACAGCUGAGGCGUCUGGCUGUCCGAGGCGGUGCCCUGUUGUUCCACACCAGCUCGGUGCCUCGACCCGAACGGCUGACCCACCUCAGCAUCUGCAGUGGGACAUUUUCCGCACCAGCCAAAUACCUCCUGGCCUUUGCCCUGGCUCAGUUUACAAGUCUAACGUCUCUGGUGUGCCAUGACUUGGGAGUCUCAGGAGUGCCAUUUUGGAUGAUGCAGACCUUUCUGUCCUGCUUGCCCGAGUUGAAACACCUCUCCCUGUCUAUGAACCUCCCCCUGCGUCGCCCAGGUGGCGUUCUGCCAGUUUGUGGGACACCCCCAGGCCUGUCCAGUUUGGAACUCAUUAACUACUCGCAUAAUUCCCUGCCAGAGGAAACCAUGAGGUUGAUUCCUCGCCUGAAGAGACUUGCAGUUUUCUACAAGCAGUCGCACGAGGAGAUGCAGGACGGAGGUUUACCGGCCGCGCUUCACCUCAAAACCUGGCUCAGUGACCUCCCCCGGCUGUCCCACCUGGUGGCCGUCAGAGGCCCGCCUCUUCAGACCUAUGCCACCUCCAUCCCAGCCACUGUGACCAGUCUCACGCUGUGUGUUUCAAGGUUGUCCUCUCAGGACAUGGCAGCCGUGGCAGCGAGGGUCCCGCGCCUCCUCCGCCUCCACAUCGACCCCUGGCCCUCACAUUUAGGAGCUCGCACCGCUGAAAUCCCUCACCUGUUUCCAAAGCUCAAAAUGCUCAAACUCCGCUGUGAACACGUAGCAGAAAAUGAUUUUUUGCACCUGCACCGCUUGCAAGACCUGGAACACCUGGAGGUUCUGGACAACCAGGAGCGCCUUCCUGACCUCGCUGUAAAGUUCCGGGCUCUAACACAACGGAGACUUCAGGUGGUCACUCGUCCCGGCCAACGAGACGCCUUGUCCUGUUCCUGUGUUUCUCAGGUGUAUGGAAUGAUGUAA